GUUUUGGACGACUAUUUAUUUUCAUCUUUUAUGGGCUGAUCCGGCCCAUACUUGGCCAACUCACGGCCCCUACAUUUCCUUGGCGCCAAGUGCUUGUUGGGUUACAUUUCCAAGCUGGUCCGAGGUUUCUGCGUUUGUCUGUCGAAUCCAAGCAGAGCCCCCUUCCCCUUCCCCUUCCCUGCCCCCCCUUCCUCGUCUGUCUGCCGUCGAGCUGAGAAAAUGAGCGAGGCGGAAGCGGAGUACUUCUCCAAGGACUUCGACUGGGACGACCUCAAGAACGACGUGGAAGCCGACCCUUCUCUCCGGCAUCACUUGCUUCCCUUCCCACCGACCUCUGCGCCGAUCCCUCCGCCGCGGGACGUCUCCGGCGCCUGGGGCGGCUUCCACGCCCGUCACCACACCGGAAAGUUCUUCAAGGAGAGAAGGUACUUAUUGAAGGAGUUUCCUGAGCUCGUUUCGUGUGGGAAGAAGAACACUAAGGUUUUGGAGGUGGGCUGUGGCAAUGGCAGCACCGUUCUUCCCAUUUUGCGUGGGAAUGAGGAUGUCGUCGUGUAUGCUUGCGAUUGUAGCGGUGAAGCUCUCGAGUACGCGAAAGAGAUGGUCGACACGUCGAAUGUGGCCUCGAUUGAGCGUCGCUUUCAUCCAUUCCUUUGCGACUUCUCUCUCGAUGGUUUCCCAAUGUGGUUGGCUUGUGGUCCAUGUCGAGAGACUUCUCUACACAAGCAUUGUUGCUCUUCAGAAGCCGAAGAGAAAACUGAAAUGCCCUUGAGGGGAUUCGAUCUGUCCAAAGAUAGCUCUUGUCUUGGAGGUGUGGACUUCAUUACCAUGAUAUUCACUCUAUCCGCCAUACCAUUCCAGAUGAUGCCAAAGGCUCUCGCUGAGUGCUUCUGUGUUCUAAUACCUGGUGGAUUGCUUCUAUUCAGAGACUAUGGUCUUUAUGACAUGACUAUGCUUCGAUUUGAAUCGGGAAAACGAGUGGGAUUCCGUGAGUACAUGAGAUCAGACGGAACUCGGUCUUACUUUUUCUCCUUAGAGAUUGUCCGGGACCUUUGCCUUCAUGCAGGCUUCAUCGAGCUUGAGGUUGAAUAUUGUUGUAUUAAGUCGCUGAAUCGACGGAGUGGGAAGAGCAUGCGCAGAGUGUGGGUCCAUGGAAAGUUUCAGAAGCCCAAGUAAUCUUCAGUCUGGGGACUGAAAAGAAAGCUCUAACUCCUGUAGAUAUUUUGCUCGAUGGCGCGAAUCAGUCCUCGCGAGUGGAAUGUGCUCCUGGUCAAACAGAUAACAUUUUGGAAGCCCGAAUGAUGAUUUCACGCUCUCGUAGACAGUAACUUUGCAAGCAUUACUGUCGAGCUUGAUUUGAUAUCGCGCCACAUUCUCUGUCAGAAGGAGCAUCAACAAUCUGUCCAUGGGCAGGCAAAUACCCUCCAUCGUUCCUACUUAAAUGGAUGACCGAUAUUCUGUGUCCAAUUUUGCAGGUUCUUUUACUUCAAAUGAAUGGCUAUCUUAUCAUCUAUUAAACAUGCCAUUUCUGAAUGCGCACCGUGUACCAAGAACACGCCGUGGAAUGAAGGGAUGCUCAUCUUGACAAGGGGCAGGCUUCAAUUUUAACGACCUGCUUCUUAGGGAAUAUAAUAAGCUCUGAAGGUUCCUGUAAGUUUGAGUAUUGUAAGUUUUCGCUUUCUGAUUUCAAUUCUUAGUCUCAGUUUGUACUAAUGUCGUAGGUAUUCCAAUCAUAUUGAUUUCAUCGAAGCAAUUAGUUCAAGAUUUUGAAGAAAAUAUGAUUAUCCCCGUAUAUUCGUCGUGUUGGAUACAUUCGUAAAAUUCAUUAUACUCGAUUGGGCGUCAUCCUGCUGUACCGAUUCGUAUACAAGCAGUACACAAGUAGUUAAGCUUA